AUGGUUGAUAUUCGCGAUAAAAAAUCCCGCAGGUUGGUAGUUGUGUGCGAGCGGGGCGGACGGAUGGGGCUAGUGUUCCCGCUGGAACGCGGCGGGUUGGCGCGGCGCGGCGCUCGCAGCGCGGACUGGGCGCGCGACGCCGCUUGCCUGCGGGCCUGUCUGUCCCACCUGCAUACACUCGCAGGUAACGAAGCCAUCCCUCCAACACCUUCAGAGUCACUGGAAACAGCUCUAUUCUGCCGUUGGGAGAGGCUGAACAAAGAGUCGAAGGGUUCGCUCACAUCGCACAGCUACAGCAAGCGACAACUGCGCUACUUGUGCCGAGUGGCGAGAGAACUCCUCAACUAUAAGAAAUUACUGGUUUAUGAGGACCAAAGCACCUUUCGGGCAAAUCUCAUACAAGCCAUCACUGAACAGUUGGAGCCUAUUGAAGAUCUCAUCCACAUCCUCGCUAUAGCGCUGGACCAAGCCCGAGAUGCAUACAUAAAUAAUUUUCAAGCUAAAACUGUCGGGGAGUUCGAUAGAGAACUGACGGUUUACAGAUCAAAAAAGUGGAACAAACUAAAGGACUACUAUGACGCGUCAUCAGCGUGCCUAAUAGACGCUGUUCGAAGAGACCCAGAACUUAGGAGGGAAGACCUAAAAGAUGAGGCCAAUUUGAUGAAAAACGUUCUUCUGUGGCUUCACAAGGGAGCCAAAGAGGACAAAAAGUACCUGGGUCCAGUUCUCCGACCAUAUUUAGAUGGUCUUUUCAACGUUUCUAUGGAGAAUUCUUGGUUUUUGGAGGACUUCGAUGCGAGUAGAUGUGAAAUGGAGUACGAAGGUCUGGGUGAAUAUUGUAUGGGAGUCCAUAAUGGGGAGAUUGAACCGUGCAUGGGCCUGCUGGAUGCUGCUAAGAAGUUUACCUGGGCAAAGGCCAUGGUCGAUUUCUUGGAAAGAUAUCGUCAUAUUGAGUUUCGUCUGGUGUUCCCCACUGGCGAAGGACUUGCGGUCUCGUACGCUGCGAAGCUGCCUUCCCGUCGGGAACACAGUUCAGCUCGCAUCCUCACGUUAAGCAGGAGGGACAAGGCUGAGGCUAAGAUCAGGCUGGCCACGAGAUGUGUGCUUGGGGCCUUCAAUUCGGCGCUCGUUGGAGACAGAAGACACAUCGGACGCCAUGAGAGUUCAGAAGAAAUCCUUAAGAGUGUCAAAUCUGGAAAUUUCUGGAGAAACAAUACUAAGCCGGACAUCAUCCCGGUCAACUCCCACCAAGACGCGUCAUCUCUUGACAAUAUCCCUAGGGUUGUCAGAAGAUCAAGAAGGAAUAGACCUCCAACGUCCUAUGGAUUUCCCGAAAUUACUAUUAUAGACCAAUCGGAUACGAAGACAUUAAGAAGAAAAUACCAUACUUUAAGGAAUUUAGUGUAUACAGAACCAGUUGAAAAUAUUAAGGAGUUGAAGCGACGGCCGAGGUCCGCUGGGUCUACUGUGAAGAAUAAGGAGGCUAUGAGUAGACCCAGUAUUUUGGAAACACUGGAUUUUAUAAACAGUGUGAAGGAUGCGUUAUAUGUGGAAGAGUCGGGCACAUCUGACGCCGAGGAUGUAGCGUGGUCGUGGUGUGACGAGUGGGUGCUGGGGCACUGCGCGCCGUUGAGCACACUAGCGGCGCGCGGCGGCGGCGCCCUGCACCUGGCGCUAGCCGACCUGGUGCCGGCGCUGCUGCAGCGCGCGCGCUUCACGAUACUACAAGAACUGUGCUCGUUUCUCGGAGAGUCCAGCGAAGGUGCACUGUUCGCUCUCCACCGACUGGCACGAGCGGCUCGUUCUAGAAGUAGCGAGAGGGCUACCAAUUCUUGGAAGCUACCGGAAGCUUCUGUGAUAGAGAAAGAAGCACCCCAGAGAUACAAAUCUCGGCCCCUCGACUACGUGUCUGGCGAUGAGGCGCCACAGCCGCCACCCUUACCCAGGAAUGCGAGCAAAAGUAAGCAGAUAGGUAUCACAGACAACGAAGAACCAGAUACAGAAAAUUUAGAUUUAAAUGCUGAAAACCACACAACAAAUGAAAAUGAAAAUUUACAUAGGGAAAAGAUAAUUGCCAUAGAUGAAAUGUUUGCUAAAGCUUUAGAAUAUUUUGCUAAUACAAACCCAACAGAAAGACAGUUUAUACCAAAGCAGAGGUCAUCAAAGAAAUUGAGUAAAAUAGUUGACUAUGUAAACAAUAUUUUAUUGCCACAAUAUAUCAACAGCGAAAUUGAAUUUAAAACAUUUCAGAAUUUAGUGUACUGUGCAGCAUGGACUUCAGCUAAGCUCAACGGAGCUAAAAUUGAAAUAGCUAUACAAGUUGAUAAUCCGUUAGGACCUGAGAAACAGAAGAAAUAUAAUAAGCCAAAGUGGGAACAAAGAUUAGAAAACAAAGUAAGUGAAUUAAGAGCAAAAAUUGCAAGGCUAACACAAUAUAUUAAUGGAAACCGAGGUCAAAAAAUUAAUCAAACACGUAAAUUCUAUACUUGA